AUGAUUUUAAAAUGGCUUUUAGAAACAAGACACCCUCCUUUCGGUUUUAUACUUCACAUAUUUCAAUUAAUUCACUUGCUUCGUUUGUUAUUGUUUAAAGCUAGGCUAACCUAUAUAAUUAACUAAGCCUAAUCUAAGUUAAAUCAUCUUAUUUUACAUAAUAAGUUAUGAUAAAAACAUUUGCCUUAAAUAUAUAAUUAAUUGUAAUUAGUAAAAUUAAUAUGUAACAAUGAACAAUGUUAGUCAAUGCAUUUUAAUUUUAAAUUGUUGAUGACAAUAUCAAUAUCUCAAUAACAGAUAAUUUUAAUUUAAGUCAAGUAUAUUAAUUUAAGUUUUAACUAGCCUAUAUGCGGACUAUGACUCUACAUUAUUUAUAUACUAUACGUUGCCUAAAUAAUGAUGGUGAUGGCAAUGAUAGCAAUAUUAUAUAAAUAGGAAUUAUAUUGUUACCAUCAUCUACUAUUCACAUCUACUACUACUACUUCUAUCAAUCGAAUCAUUAAUAAUAGUAUAGAAAUAGUCCUAGUAUAAGUUAGUUCAUUGAGAUUGAGAUCUUUGAAUUUGAGAGUAGUUUUACUGGCUACUGUUCAAUAUUUAUUUAAUUUUAAUUACCUGAACUGAAAUGACAUUAGUGUAAUAAAAUACCAUGUUAAUUACUACACUACAUAGACAUAGAUAUGAUAGUAAUUAAUGGCAAUUAAAAGAACUCAGGAUUUUUUCCGAGUAUGCCCUUGCCCUAAGUAGCCAUAGACACAUAUUAUAAGACCUAACAAUCAUUUAACUUUACAAAAUUAAAAAAAUUCAAAAUCAUAAUGUGACUGUGACCAUAAUAAAAAUCACAUGUAUAUUAGGUAAUUAACUUAUUUUAUUUACAAAUCAACAGUCAUGAGGGUCAUAUGUUUUUUAUAUAUAAUCAUAAGAAGAAAACAGAAGAAGAUGAUCCAAAAGAUGCCAUAUUGUAUUUCUAUCCCCGUUCAGUAAGUUUGUUAUGGCAGAUUUCUUUCUGAUUUAUUUUAACAACUAAAUAUGUAUAGACCAUUUUAUCACAUAUUUAAAUUUACUUUUAGAAAAUUGAAAUCCCCAAUGAAAUAAAUUUUCUUUCAUCAAGUUUCACAAUAAACCUUGACAUAGUUUAAUUUUCAAUGUGCCAAGUCAAAUUUUCCAUAAUACCAUCUAUGGGUAAUAUGUAAGGCUAAAACAUAUUUUAACAAUGCCAUGUUUUUUAAACAAAAUUGAAAUUUUGACCAGGUAUCUGUAGACGAUCAAGUUGCUUUGGUAGGAGGAAUUAUUGGCCUUGCUGAUUUCUGUCAAGAGUUCCUUCCUGAAUGUAUACCUAGCAUUGUCAAGCUAGCUGGACACAACUUUGCUUUACUACAGCAUGAAGAGUAUAUUAUUGUAAGUUACUUGCUUUAUUUGUUCCCAAAUUCUUUAGUGAUAAAAUUAUGUUGAUUGAAAUCUAUUUGGUUCUAUAAGGAAUUGGAAAAAAAACUUCUCAUUUUAUUUUUAGGGUCUUGCCGACAGCCCAGAUGUACCUGACAGGUUUCUCACAUCACACAUGAACUUUGUUUGGUCAACAUUUAUGUUUUACCAGGGAAGUCUGGAAUCUCUUAGAGAGGUAUUUUUUUUAGAAUUGUAUCAUUGUUAUCAACCAAGGGUAGGACAUACAAAGCAUAAUUUAUCAUGAAUAUUGUACAUAGCAAGGAUGGCUGAAGUGAGCUUGCAAAAUUUGCAAAAUAUUUAUUAUCAAUAUUUUCUAAUCUAUCUGCCAAUGUAUUAUUUCAUGGGUUUUUAAGUAUUUGGAGGAUUGUUAAGUGGUUGUUCACCUCUGUCAAGAAGGUGUUAUAUUAUAGAAAUGCCUAUUAAUAGUAUAAUACAUCUUAGAAGUUUUAAUAUUCUAUAACAUCCUGAUGAUGAAAUCUGUUAUCCUAACGAUGAAAUCUGUUUUCCUAACGAUGAAAUCUGUUUAUAUAAUAAUGUCUGUUAUCCUAAUUCCUAGCGAGUGUGUGACAACAAUUUUUUGAAGGAAUUAAGCCGCAUCUGGGAUAUGUACCUGCCACUUUGUCAGAUCCAUGGCGACAUACUUUCUCAAGCUUUUCAUGUCCUUCCAUAUGUUCAGCUCCACAAAGUUGGUGACUUUAAAAACAUUAUUUUUGUGUCCAUUUGCAUUUAUGUGGAACUGCUCAUUAUUUACUUACAUAUUCAAAUCGACAUGAGCAUUGUCUAGACCAGUUGUUCUCAACCUGUGAGUCACAGCCCCUUUGAGGGUCAAAUGACCCUAAGAGAGGGGCCGGGCCGUCUCUAAGACUAUCGGGAAAACACAUUUUUAUGAAGUAUCAACAAAAUAAUUUUAUGGCUGGGGCUCACCACAAUAUGAAGAAUUGUAUUAAAGGGUCACAGCAUUAGGAAGGCAGAGAACCACUGGUCUAGAUCAAUAUCUUUUUAGGAACUGUUACCAUAUCCUAAAAAGUUUAAAUUUUCUAGGCAUAGAUAUCAUUUUGUAGAAAAUUUUUAUCUAACAAAUAUUUCACAAGCUAAAUACUACAUUAAUACAAGUUUAAAUGUAUAAAUCUAAUGAGUAAAUGAAACGAGUGGGCAGCUCAAUAGGACUAGUAAGAGUGUUGAAAAAGUUGCAUUUGUUUGUUGUACGUGUUGAUUCCUCAUGAUCUGUGUGGUUUGAUGAAAUGUGCUAGAAGUCUUGAACUGAUGAGCUUUACUUGCAGUGCCAAGGCAGCUUGUUUCUCCAUGCCUCACACAUUCUGCAGAGAAGCUUGAGACAUAAAGGUGUCAUUGCUGGGGCCCUAUUCAACAAAAAUAAGUAAGAUCUGUACGCAGGGAGACUCAACUCAUUUUAAUUUGUUGUUUAAGUCAAAAGUUUAGUACGAUUUCUCACAAAAUUACAAACAAAUGACAAAAUCCUUAAAAAGCUUGUAUUGUAACCUCAUGUAAUAGUGACCAUGACUGACAUGCUUAUGAUGUAACCUUGUAUAACUUGUUACUAUCUGUCAGAGUUCUGUGCUCACAACUCAGCAAUACUUUGACCAGGCAACUGCUGCUGCUGAUGUCCCCUAGUCAGGUGAGAACUGUGU